AUGGGGGAGAGUGUCUUUGAGUUCCACGUGCUGGAGCCCGAGCAGCGCAAGGGUGCAGGCGCGCUGGAUCUUGCCUACUGGACGUAUGGGAUCAGGACCACCACCAGCCUGCCGACGUACCCCAACAACAUGAGCGUGGUGCGGCGCUACAGCGACUUCGAGUGGUUCCGUGCCCGGCUGUGCGAGGAGUACCCCUACUGCAUCGUGCCGCCCAUCCCCGAGAAGGAUGUGCAGGGAACACUCGAAAAGAUCGUUGGCUCCUCGACGCAGGCGGCCGCACGGCUACACGAAUACCGCCAGCGUGCACUCCAGAGGUUCCUCACUCGUCUCGGUGCCCACCCGAAAAUUUAUACCUCUCAGCUUUUGGAGAACUUCUUGCAGAUGGACGAGACGGAGUGGGAGCGCAAGAUAAAGGCGCCAAUCAAGACGUCGGAUCGCUCCUUCGCCACGACACUUGGCGAGGGCGUCAACUACGCUCUGACACGGCAGUGGAACCCCAGUGGAGGAGCAGCAGCAGCUUCAGCGUCUGGCAGUGGUUACUCGGAGGCACUGGGAAGCGAGGAGACGAACUCGCUUGUGUGGCAGGAAACACAGCUGUACAUCCAGCAGCUGGAGGAUAGCAUCAAGAUGCUGCGGGAGCGCGUGCAGAUGCUCGUGGAACGCCGCAGAAACACCAGUCAGGCUCUACACGAGUUUGGUAUUGCCUUUGAAAAGGUUGGAGAGGUAGAGAAGGGGAUUUCGGCCACACAACUGAGUAACGCCCUUAUUGCGGUUGGGCAGCAGAGCGAACAGCUCUCCACCAUCUAUAUUGAACAUGCCGGUGAUGAAACAAGGAAGGUGGUUGAGACGCUGAGUUACUACACUGGAAUGUGUGCCGCAGUGCGUGAGACACUCAAAAGAUUGCAGCACGCCACCCACCGCGUGGAAUCACUGAAUCAGCACGCGGCCGAUAUCGCUGCACAAAGGGACAAAGCUAUGUUGAGGGGAGGAAUGGCGGAGCGCGUGGCGAAGCUUGAGAAUGACUACAAUGCGCUCCAGGGUCAAAAGGAGCUGGCCAAGAAGGAGCUGGAGACGGGUGAGUCGACCUUCAGGGAGGAACUCCGUCGCUUCCACCGGGAGAAGCAGUAUGAUGUGAAGGCCAUUCUAAAGACGUUUGCAGAGCUUCAACUCAAUUACGCUAUGCGUAUGAAAGAAUCGUGGGAGAAGCUUCUGCCGGUAGUGGAGCAUGUGCAACUCAACGAAGGCAGAAGCUUACAAGAUAGCUCCUCGCGACAAGCAUAA